AUGCCGCGCAACAUCCUGGCCGUGCCUGCCAAGCGCACGCCGUCGCUCGGCGCCGCGCUGGCGCAGGCCAUCCGCACCUACAUUGCGCAGAGCUACGCCGACACGCACCCCGACGCCUUUGCCAGGGACGUCCGCGAGCUGUGCAGGCUCCGCGACGAGUGCUGCCGCCUCGCGGUCCACGUCACCAGCAUCGACGUCGCCCUCCGCUACCACGCCCAGCUCGUCUUUUUCAGCACCAAGUUCCCGCCCGACAUCGGCAUCUCCUUCCCCUGGAGCGUGUGCUUCCCCUCGCAGCUGCCCUCGUGGACCUCGGGCGUCGCGGGCGCCUUCCACGACGCCGCGGCCGACCAAGGGCCCGGCACAGCGUCUGCCUACGCCACGGCCGACACCGUCGCCCACCCGGACGUGGUCUACGAGCGUGCCAACGUCCUCUACAGCCUCGCGUCCCUCUACUCGGCUCUCGGCACUGCCGAGGGACGCGGAGAUGUCGAAAGCAUCAAGCGCGCCACCGCGUGGUUCCAGCACGCUGCGGGCGUCUUUGACCACAUCCGCGAGGCGCUCCUGCCCGAGAUCCGCCACCUCAAGCCGCAGUCGCCCGACUUCAGCCCAAACCUCCUCGAGUCCCUGCGCGACCUCAUGCUCGCCCAGGCGCAGGAGUGCUUCUGGCAAAAGGCCGUCCUCGACCGCCUCAAGGACGGCACCAUCGCAAAGCUCGCCGAACGCGUCUCGGAGCUGUAUGCCUCUGCCCUCGACCGCGCGUCGUCGUCCGCUACCGGCUUGGACCUCGCCGACGAUGCGGCCGACGUGACGACAGCGCAGCUGCCCGCCGACUGGGUCAGCCACGUCAGCGUCAAGCGGUGGCACUUUGCCGCCGCGUCCCAGUACCGCAAGGCCUGCGAGGACCUCGGCGCCAACCGGUAUGGAGACGAGCUGGGCCGCCUCAAGGUGGCAGAGGGCCACGUCAAGCGCGCGCUCGACUCGUCCAAGCGCGGCGUCUCGGAGGCCAUCGUCCAGGAUCUCAGGUCGCUCCAGCAGGUCAUCCAGACCAAUAUCCAGCGCGGCACAAAGGACAACGACCUCAUCUACCUCGAGCCCGUAACCCCGGCCUCGAACCUCGCGCCCAUCCCGGCCGCCAGCAUGGUCAAGCCGGUGCUGCCCAACGAGGUCGCCAACGCCAUCUCGCUGCUGCGCGAUUCGCCGGCCCCGGCGCUGGGCAAGCCGCUGUUUGCCGAGCUCGUGCCCUACGGCGUGCACCUGGCCAUCAGCAUCUACGACGACCGCCGCGACUCGCUGGUCCGCGAGCAGAUCGCCGAGCGGCGCGACGAGCUCGACAGCAUCGCACAGAGCACGCUGCAGUCGCUCAACCUGCCCGGGUCGCUGCAGGCGCUCGAACAGCCGAUGGGCCUGCCGCCCUCGCUGCUGCGCCGGCACGAGGAGGUCGUCUCCAAGGGCGGCAUCGACCGCCUGUACAGCAUCGCCGACGACAUUGCCCAGAUUUCCCGGGCCGACGCCGACACCCUGUCCGAGGCCUUUUCGAUCCUCGAGCAGGAGCAGCGCGAGGACGAGCACGUGCGGCGCCUUUUUUCCCAGCACAAGUGGCCCCGGCCGCCAAGCCACGAGGCGGCGGCGCAGCUCAGGCAGACGGGCGAGUCGUAUGCGCAAUCGCUCGAGCAGGCUCGCGCCAGCGAUGCGAUCAUCCGUCAGAAGCUCGAGGACUGGAGCGAGCUGAUCGGCGUGCUUUCAAGCGGUGUGGACGCGCUCGAGGCGUUUGUCCCCAGCACAUCCAGCAGCAGCUCGAACAACUCGCAAUCCGACGCGCAGGUCUCGGCAGUGCGUGGGCUGCGCACCGAGCUCGAGACGCUCGACGACCUCUUCGACGCCCGGGCGGCGUGCCUGGCAGAGUGCAAAUCGCUGGCGUCGGGCGACGACAUCCGGCCCGCCGUGCUUCGCGAGACUGCCCGCCUGUCGUCGACGACCUCCAAGUCGAUUGAUGCGGCCAUGUUCGAGGAUCUCUUCGAAUCCGAGAUGGCAAAGUACGACCGGUUCCGCGACGAGAUGGCAAAGAGCGCGCAAGACCAAGAGGCGCUGCUCGACAGCAUCAAGAAGCGAAACGACGAGUUCCUCGAAGCGCGCAAGGUUGACAUCACCAUCAAGAGGCGGACCAAGGCCCUGCAGAACCUCGACGUCGCGUAUGCAAAGUACCGAGAGCUUGACAGCAACCUCGUCGAGGGUCUCGAAUUCUACAACGGCCUGGCAAAGUUGCUGUCGGCCUAUAGGCAGGACGUCAAGGAAUGGCAUCGGGCUCGACAGAUCGACGUGCAGGAUCUCGUGUCGAAGUUCGGAGGAACCUCUCUCUCGCCUCGUGCAUCGCACGCCCCCUCUUCGGCCCCUGCUUUGCACGCCAACGCCGACGCCGACGUCGCCGCCGCUGCCUCGCCUCGAGCUCGUCAGCGCAAACCGGCUGCUGCUGCUGCAGCGGAUAGUCCGAGGAGGUCGACGCGUCGCACCGCUGCGGCGAAGAAAAAGGACGAGGUAGCGGAGGUGGAGCAGGACGAGGGAAGGAGGAGGCGGGAAGAGGACGAGGAAGCGGCGAGACAGCAGCAGGCGCAGCCGCAGUGGGGCGCUUUUCCCGGUGGCGAGAUCCGGUUCGGCAACUGA